AUGUCGUUCAGAUCAGGCUUCACGGGCGGCUCGUCCGACAUUCCGCCCUCGGCCAGGUUCUCAGAGGCCUCAAAACGCCUAGCAAAGUCUUAUUACCCGUACAUCUAUGUGGAUAAAAGACGAAUGUCGAAGCCCGUGGUGGAUUUACAGGCUGCGUUGGAAGUAUGCGCGGACUCGCUAGAUGAAUUUGAAAAGGUCUCGGCAGACAUUGAGAGUCUACGUUUUGCCAUGUAUGGUCUGGAGCAGGCCCUGUCGCGGGCAAUCACUGAACUUAUUGUCAUUCGAGAAGAAGUGGCCGAUCUCAUGGCCUCCCUAAAGGAUACAGAGAAGUUUAACCUUCGUCUCUUUGACCAACUCAUUUCCCUCGACAAGUGUAUGCAGGCUGGGAUAGAGUCUGGGCAAUCCAACCUGAGUAAAGCGAAGAACAGUCACACCGCCCAGGCCUCCAAUGUUGACCGAUACCGGAUUCCAAAGAGCACUAAGGAGACCCUGGAAGUGGCCCUUGGAGCGCCAACACCAGCAAUGAAGGGCUCUUCGGAUAUAAGCUACGUGAUGGGAGGGACGCCGGCUGAGCAAGGACGUCCUGAGUGGAUUACCAAACUGCAACGCGAACUUUCCCACAGACAUGCUGAAUUCAGCUUCCUGGUCAUCGGUCUCUGGACCGAAGGCAUCUACGACAAUCAUGAGUUGGUUGCCAACGAGCCGACUGGAUGCUUUAAAAAACCCAAGAGCAUGGACGGACUGGUGGCAAAUGAUGCCAGAGGUCUUCUCUACGCCAAUAAGGGCAAAAUUGAAGAUGCUCCCGCCACUCUUAGUAUUAUUGCCACCAAGGUGCAGGACAUAGGAACGCGCAUCUUCGAGGAACUGGGUCGUUUGAAGAAGGAGCUCGAGGACACCAAGACCCGCCAUCACGAACUUACAAUGGAGUUGGCAAAUCGAAGGAAACAGCUAGUGGAGAGCCUACUGGCCACCCACAGCGCUGUUCAAACUCUUCUUGACAUGGAUGAGGCUAAUGAUGCGUUGGUGGGCAAACUUAUUAAGACACGUCCGCUGUUUGCCGAGUUGCAUCAGGCCCUUCUGAAUGGUGACCUCAACAGCGAAACGGAUAUUACCGAGGGCAAGUAUCAGCUGCUGCCGGAAGUCCUCGGCAAGGACGGUUGGGCGCAGUUGCUUGACAGUCUUGGAGCUGUGCGUCUGCCGCAGAACCACAACGGCAGCAACCAGAACGCCGCUCUGGUGUCCAGCGAGCCGUAUCUAGGACUGUUGGAUAGCCCAGUCCCCUCAGAUUCACCCUUGAUUGCAACUAAAAGGCGCCUCUUCCGAAGGCGACUACGGUAG